AUGCGUCCCGUCCAGUUCCUCGCAGCAGCCCUCGCCCUUGCCCCGGGAUUAGUAGCUGCCAGCAAGUCUGCUAUCGUUUGGUUUGACAACCCCAACACUCCCGACGAUGUCAUCAAUAGAGCCAAGGACGACAUUGUCAAGGCUGGAGGAAAGAUCACCCACGUUUACACAAUCAUCAAGGGUUUCUCUGUGGUCGCUCCCGAGACCGCACUCCAAGGUGUCCAAGCAUGGGGCACCGAACACUCCGUACGAAUCGAGGAGGACAAUACUGUCUCUGUCAACGUCUGA